CGCGACGAGCCGUGCAGACGCCGUGCUGUGAUUUGUCUGUGCGCUUCAAUCCCCGGAGUAAAGCGGUUUACUACUGAUCGGAAAUUACUCUGCAGCACAGCCACGAUCUGCAGGAUCCUUUCUGCUACUAUACCAUCUCCUUUGAAUAGAAAGAUCUGUUAAAAGCGGCGGUGAAGUUGAAGGCCUGAAAGCCAGAGUCCCUGCUGUGGACCUGCAGGGAGAGGAGCAGGAUGUGAGUGACCAGCAGGACCCUCUGGCCCCGAGGAACGACAGGACUGCACUGGGCACUGCUGAUCAGCACACGAAAGAGACCACGAGUGUUGUUGACAUCCAGCAAAGAGAAAUCGCCAAGCUGCAAGAAACUGUCAAAAGCCUCAAAGCAGAAACAGAAUCUUCGAAGGCCAGCUGCGAUCGGCUUCAGGCCUCCUUGAACGCCAGUGAGCAGGAGAACGGGCUCCUGCACAGCUUACUCGAUCGGCAGCAAGCAGAAAAGGCCAAGCUGAGCAAGCAGGUGGAGACGCUCUGCCUCUCAGAAAAAGAGGGGGUUUUGGGCGCAGAAUCCGGGAGGAAACCUCCCAGGAAGACCGGCAGCCCCUCGCGCCUGGGCUCCUUCGUGAAGAGUCCGGAAGAGGACCGCGACUAUUUCACGCAGGAAGCGGAGGCCGUGAGGAGGAGGAAGAGGAUGCUGAAGAACAGGACCCAGAGCCCGACGAGGAGUACCUCUCGGGGGCGCAGUCCCGCCAGGCUCCCGCCAGUAAAGGGCGGCAGCUAUGACUCGGAGCUGAUGCGGAUCCUGCGGGAGAGAGACGAACUGCAGGCCAUGCUGGACAAGUAUGAGCGCCACCUGUCCGAAAUCCAGGCCAACAUCAAGGUCCUGACAGCCGACAGGGACAAGACCAACAUGUUGUACCAACAGGCUCAGGAGGAGAUUGCCCGGCUGCGGAGAGAGGUGAUCAAGUCCCCCCGCGCACCCAGGAGCAGCCUGACGGCACAGAGCAUCCUGCGGCGGGUUGAGGCCGAGCGAGACGAGACGGUGGCCGACCUGCGCCGCAUGACUAACGAGAGGGACAGCCUGAGGGAGAGGCUCAAGAUAUCCCAGGAGUCAGCCAUUAACGAGAGGGCUCACCUGGAGCAGAGGGUGGAGGACCUGCAGUCAGCCUUCCUCAUACUGGAGAAGGAGCGCGGGGAGCAGAAGACGAGGCAGGCCCUGAUGAAGGACACCAUGCUGUCUCUGGAAGAGGAGGUCAGGGCCCUGAGCCGCAGGUUAGAUACCACAGAGGAGGAGCUGACCAGGACCAAGACAGAGUGCAGCAUGCUGAGGUAUGGUGGUACACAUGCCACCCAGGACAAGCACAAGCAGCUGGACCAGAGGAAUGACAAUUUGCUCAGGGAGAUCACCUCUCUGAGGGAAGAGGUCAGCACUCUCCAGGUGACCACAGCUGAGCUGGACAAGGAAAAAGAUGUCCUGGAGAGCGAGCUGGAUGACAAGAUUGAACUCAUCUCUUCUCUGAGGGGCCAACUGGAGGAGAAGAAUAAAAGCCUCCAGAAUUUGAAGCUAACCAUUGAAGAAGUAGAAGCCACUGCAAGCUCUACGAAGGAGGAGCUGAGCAGCCGGGAGCGAGAGGUCAGCAGCGUGCGCCGACAGCUGGACUCCGUCAGAGAGGAGCUGGGGGCGGCAGGGAAGGCCCGGGAGACUUUGGCCAGGGAGUGUGUCCAGCUCCGAGAGGACCUUUCCAAGGCCAAGCUGGAAAACCAGGCACUGCAGCUGAGAUUGGAUGAUUAUGGACAGGAAAUGGAAGACCUCAGGUUGAAGAUGCAAGACUACAGCUCCGAUGCUACAAGAACACAGACCCUGCUGGAGUCCCAGGAGAAGGAGAUCCGCGAGCAGCAGGAGAGCUGCCACCGCGCGACGGCUCAGGCCAAGAGCUGGGAGGACAAGGCCAGGCAAGCAGAGGCCGAGGCCAGCUCCCUCCGCCUGGAGCUGCUGAGCGGGGAUUCGGAGAGGCGCCGGCUGAAAGACAAGGCUGAGGCCCUGGAGGGGUCCCUGGAGGAGGCUCUAUCAGCGGAGCGGGUCAGCAGGAGCCAGCUCUCCCAGCUGAACAGGAGCCUCCAGCGCCUGGAGGAGGAGCUGAGGCAGGCCCAGGCAGAGCGGGCCACAGCCGAGACAGAGCUGGAGUCCACCAGGGACCUCUGCGUCAAACUGGAUGCCAGCAAAGAGGCUGCGCUUCGUGACCUGGAGUCCUACCACGCGGACGGCGAGCUCCUCAGGCAGCAGCUGGCCAGCGAGAGGCUGUCCAUGAAGAACCUGGAGUCGCUGCUGGUGGCGAACCGGGAGAAGGAAUUCCAGAUCCAGCUGCACACGCAGGAGAAGCAGACGGAGAUCCAGCUGCUCAGGGACAAGCUCUCUCUGGCAGACAGCAAGGCAGUGACUCAGAGCCGGGAGGUCGCACAGGCCAGGAGCAGAGCCUCACAGCUGGAGGCCGAACUGGAAAAGACGAAACGUCAGCUCUCCACCGAGCGCUUUGAAAGGGAGCGUGCCGUGCAGGAGCUGCGUCGCCAGGGCCUGUCCUCCUCCUCCCCCACCCGGCGCUCGCUCAGCCCCCGGGCCUCCUGGUCCCCCGAGCGCUCCUACCUCUCUCCCCUGGACCGCUCCUCGCUGGACAGGUCGCCGGACAGGAGUGUGACAUUCAGGGAUUUCUGAGAGUAAACCGCUCCUACCUCACCCUCCACGGACAGCUGGAAACACUCCUCAGUUAUCCUCAGUGGAAGCAACCACUGAAUUACUGUGAAGAACCUUUUAGUUCACCAUGUCUUUUUCUAGCCCUUUACAAACAGAAAUUGACUUGAAUCAGAAGCCUAGGAUUAGCACAUUCACUGCAAAUAAAUUAGUUAAACAUUGUUUAGAGA